GGAGCUAACUUGUGUAAAUAAAUAUUGAAACUAUUAAUUGCGUCCUUAAGUUUUGCUUCAACGUGAUAUCAGGGGAUCAACAACUCUCGUCAGUCACUUAUAUAUAAUAAAUCAUACCCUGGUCUGUGAUAAGUUAACAGAUCUCAGGGUUGUGGAUCUUCGCAGUGAACUGGAAAAACGAGGUCUGGACAAGACUGGAGUGGAAAAAGAAAACAAACUUAUACAGACAACAUGGAUGAGAAAGAAUCGGAGACGUCUGAUGUGGCAUUAACAGAUGUCUUCUUAAACACCACCAAUCCAGAUGGAUAUUCUUUGAUCCCUGACAAAACUUCUGUGGGAGACCUUACUGAGGAUCGACUGCUUUCAAGUGAUACCAAACCAUCAGAUAUGUUGGCAGAUAACACCUUAGAUAAAGACCAGUUUAAAGAGGAACUACCUAUCUCUUCUUCAGAUACGAACAAAGACACUGGAACUGUUCUACAGGAACAAUCUGAUGAUGCAUUAAAGGAUACCACAGUUCUUUGGUUUCUAAGCCCAAAUCUCCAAAAAAAGGAAACAACCAAACCAAUCGGAAUCUGUGGAUCUGUGGCUUUCCUGUAAAUAUCUCUACUAAAGGCCUAGUCUCAAUUUUAAGCAAGCAUGGCAAGGUUGAGGAUUGCCAAAAGGUUACAAAGUAUUACAAACGUAGCGGUCGAUGUCAUGCUUUUGUUACUAUGUCAACUGAGGCUGAAGCUUUGGAAUGUAUAAUGAGGCUGAAUAAAACUCGAGUGAAUGGUAUGAGAUUAACAGUUGAAAGGGUGAGACAUCCUCAAUUCAUUGUUUU